AUGAGCAUGGACAAGUUUUUUGGUCAAUAUGGCCGAAUAAAAAAAUGUGUUGUAAAUAAAGCCAAUGCAUAUACAAAUCCUUCAGGUUUGUCAUACAGUGCAUACCUAACAUACCAUAGCGAGGUCGAGGCAACUUUGUGUAUUAAAGUAAAAUCCGAUUAGGCUUGUGAUGGCUUCGUGUAUGAAGAGAGAGAAAUAAAAGCUACAUAUGGGACUACUAAAUAUUGCAAUUCAUAUGUAAAAGGAACCAGAUGUCAAAAUCCUGAUUGCAUGUAUCUACAUGAAGAAGGAAGCUUGUCAGAUACCUUCACACGUGAAGACAUUCAGCAUAAUUGUCACAUUCAGGCUCAUAAUUCCAUAUUUCCGCUACUAAAUGUCAUUGCAGCAAAGCCAGAUAAACACCAUGUACUUCCUUCAGCUCGAGUUCAAAGAGCAAGAAUUUCCAGUGAAGAGUUUCAGACUCCAAAAACUAAGCCAAGAGUUUCCAGCGAAGAGUUUCAGACUCCUCCAAAAACUAAGCCAAGAGUUUAUAGUUUUGACUUCGCGCCCCGAAGACUUCAUAGUCGCUUUAAUUUCGUCGAAGAAAGCAAUGAGGAUGCAAUUGAAACUCCUGAGUUCUUGAGAAAAAUCUUGGCUUUGAAUUCACCGACCCAAGAAAUAGUAAAACUCCCAGCAACUGAAGUGCCAAAAUUGCUGAGGAAUUCUUGGGUGAAAGAUCUACUACAAAUCGAAGAAGCCCAAUUCAAAUCAGUCACUAGCCAAAGAGAUGAAAUUGUCUUAGCGUCUUCGAAGGCAUGAACAUAA